AACUAGAACACGUAACAUCGUGUCAAUAAGCCAAGUAGAUCGCCUCCGCCUAACCCACAGCGCUCCACCAGUUGCAGUCAUUAUAGACGGGAAUUGAAACAAGUCAACGGACGGUUGUUACAUAUCAGAGAACAUAUAUAAACGUCCUCAAGCUCUAGGAACUUACACUUAUAGCUGCACCAACCUUCAGACAACAUGUCCAUUCCAAGUCACCAGAAAGCACUUCUCUUGCCUUCGAAGCAUAGGAAGUUUAUUGUCGACACCGUCGAAGUCUAUAGGCCCGAGGCUGAAGAAGUCUUGGUUCGCAUCGAAACAGCAACUUUGAGUCACCUCGAUACAGGGAGGCAAGAGUCCGGAGCGUACAUCUCCAGCUACCCUGCCAUUGUCGGCUUGGAUGCUGCUGGAGUUGUAGUAGCUCUUGGAGAUAAUGUGACGAACUUGUCUCUGGGCGACAGAGUGCUUUUCGUUGCCGAUUUUACAAACCGUUUUGCCACCCAUCAACAGUAUGCUGUCAUGAAGGCUAAGUUGACCUCUAAGAUCCCACCAAAUAUUACUUUCGAUGAAGCUGCGACUAUUCCAUGCAAUCUUUUGACCGCAAUCAAUGGACUAUAUGCCGGUGCUGCCCCUAGUGUCGAUAAAGCUGGUGCAGGCCUGACACCGUUCUGGAGAGAGGGAGGGCGUGGUAAGUAUGCUGGCCAGCCAAUCCUCAUCUUCGCAGGGUCGUCAUCUGUGGGUCAAUAUGCGAUCCAGAGUGCUCGGAUUUCCGGUUUCUCUCCAAUCAUUACAACAGCGUCUCCUCGAAAUGCCGAAUUUGUGAAGUCCCUUGGAGCUACUCACGUCCUCGAUCGCAAUCUUUCUCACGACGAUCUCAUCGCUGAGGUCAGAAAGAUCACUUCGGAACCAUUCCGUGUAAUCUACGACGCAGUUGCACUGCCUGAGACUCAGGAUGUAGCAUACGACAUUCUUGCUCCAGGAGGGACUCUCGUCCUUGUUCUAUAUCCCGCCAUUGACAAGGCAAAGUUGACUCCAGAUAAACAUGUGCGUAUGACGUUCGGAAUUCCGCACGUUCUUGAGUUUGCCGAGAUCGACGCGGAAUUCUUUCGCGUAUUGCCUGAGCUAUUGUCCUCGGGUGAAAUAAAGCCCAAUGUCCCGGAGGUUGUUCCCGGAGGCCUAGCUGGCAUUCCAGGUGGGCUGGAGCGGAUGAAAAGGAAGGAAGUUAGUGCGCGAAAGCUUGUGGUUCAUCCUUCUGAGACGUUGUAGAGCGCAUAGCUGCAGAAGGAUUGACGAGAAGGCUCGGCUGAAUUCACCGGGUCUCCAUUUUUUGUUCAUAUCUGUGAUGCCUCUACUGUCCACUUUAAGAUUCUUUGUACAGCAUAACAUUCUCUUGCCUGGAGGAACUCCCCUGUUUAUCCUAAAUUUACUCAUUGACGAUGCG